AUGUUUAUCAGUACUUCUCAAUCCCCCCUCAAGUCCUGGUCUUCCUCCUCGCCAGCAACCCACAACCCCAACGCAAAAUACCUCGGUAUCAACAAUGAUGAGUUUGCCCAGUUCCCGCCCACACACGACCUCGAACGAUUCUGUAGCAGCUACCCCGAACGGCCCGUCAAGAAACAUCAUAUCCUGAUCUCCAACAAGGCCAAGGGGGAUAGACUGCUCAAGAUCUUUUAUUGGAAACAGGAAUCACUCUCUCAGGAAAUUGAUUGGCACAAGGAGUCCGAGACUAUGUGCCCCGUACUGUUGGAGCUACAGUCCUUCUUUUACCAUUAUCGGCAGACCACGGUCAAGGACCCUUCGAUGCUCUGGAAGACUGGAUAUGCACCCUGCUUCUUUUGGAAGACAUGGGACAAUGAGAUCGAGGACCGGCCGGGAUCGUGCUGGCCCACCAAAACUGGGCGGCUGUCGUUUUUUGAGGAGUCGAUCGGUUACUACCCCCACGUCGCCAUGCCCGCCUUCCUCAACCAAUUCAACCUCACCAUGGGAUCCCUACCACAGCUGAUGGGCGUCCCCAACCCAUCCUACCCGAUCACGGAAAAGAAGGCCUUCGAGCUGGCCCAUAUCGAACACACCCACCCCUUCGACAAGACGCCCGAGCACUACAUCGCCUUCAUAACUUCCAACUGUGCCACCAAGAACGACCGUAUGGGCCUGAUCGACAAGCUGGUCAACACUUCAGGAGCCCACUCGUACGGAUUCUGUGGUCACAACAAGGAGAUGCUCGAGGAACUCAAGGGUCGCGUGGCCGGAUCCUGGCAAACUCCAACUGUCUGGGAUUUAUCACUGAAAAAGAUCUACGACGUCUACGACGUCUACGCCUCGGGCUCGAUCUCUAUCUACAUGGGCGCUCCUGGUAUUGCCGACUUUGUCCCUGAGGGCAGUUAUAUCGACGUCCGGAACUUCAAGACUUAUGACGACUUGAUUCAUUAUAUGAAGACGGUGGAUCGGGAGCCCCUUUACUGGUGGAAGCUGGAAGGAUAUUGUUAA